AUGUUGUCCAUUCUCGCUAUACGCGAUGAAGAUGAAGAUAACGCAAACGGGCCGAAUACAGUAAAUAAUUCGAAUUACCAAAAUGGCUCGCGAAAAGCCAGCAACAGAACGAUUUCAUCUGUUUCUGCAGAUGGGAAUAUUGUUCAAGUCAGCACUUUAGUGGAACUACCACCUAGCGGAAUUCAAAUUUCCUCGAGUGAAAAAUUAUCGAAUUCAAUUUCUUCACAAUCUGAUGAACAGGAAAUGUGGAAUGCUAAUCGACAAAUUUAUUCAUCUAACCGUGAAAAAAGCGGUGUACCUCUAGUUUCUGCUAUGAAAUCUGAUGUAAAACCACGAACAAAAAAUAGAGUAAUGAUUUCCCCAGAAAAGUUUGGUUUUCAUAAGAAUAGAAAUAGACAUAUUCAUUCGGCUGUGCAAGGGUCAAAACUUAUUUGUUCUUCUGUACGAAUGCUUGUGUAA